CCUUCUUCUGAGGCUUCACAGGACACAUCAUUUGAGGCGCCCUCCAAGCUUCCAUAUCAGAUAUGGAGGCAUAUCACAGCUGAGGAGUGGCAUGCAUUUGUUGCACAAAAAACAACCCCAGAAGCUGUUGCAUCUCGUGAGAAAAAUAGCGCGAAUGCAAAAGCUAGGAAGUACUAUCACCAUCUAGGUUCUCAGUCGUAUGGUCAGGCGAGAGAAUCGUGAAUGUAUGACCAUUACCCCACGAUUGCGUCGACUACGGCAUCGGGCACUAGCUCUACGACGACAGUUGCACAGCGGCAACCAGAUAGAGCGCUCGAUUGGUGGUGUUCCAUGCAUGAGGUUGAUGCAAAGGGACAGAGAGUCAUACCUGAUCCCGGAACAAAACAGAUAGCUAAUGCCAUUAUUGGCUUGAAGGAAAAGGAGGCAACUGGUGAGUUCACUCCUAGAGGACAAGUUGAUGCCUUACACGAGACUCUAGGACGGGACCAAUAUGGACGUGUGAGGGGCGAAGGAGGUGUCCGCCUUGGGGUGAGAAAGGUGUAUGGUGAUCAAUACACCUCUACGUCAAGAUCCACUGCCUCCAGUGUCAAUUCAUCACCUUCCAUAGAUGUGGAGGCUAUGAAAGCCCAACUUCGGGAGGAGCUCAGAGCGGAGAUGACUCAGAACUUCAACGCCAUUUUGGCGCAGAUGGGUUUACCGACUUUUGGUGCUUUCACGCAGGGCAGUGUUCCUACGCAGCCUGUUCCUAUGCAGCCUCAUCCAGAUCCGGAGUUCACGGUAAUCAUUUAA